AUGUUCAAGGUGGACUCCGACUUCGACAAAGUCCAGGCCUCCCGGCCCGACUUCAACCGCGACCAAGAGGUCACGUACUCGAAGCCUCCCAAUCCCAGCUGGAAACAAGGCGACGGCGGAAACGAUGGAGGCGAGAGUUUGAAGAAGAACCACAUCGAAAUCGACCCUUACGAAGAAGGACGGCCGGCGACGUCCAACUACAAGUUCCUGAUCUCCGGCAUGGUCCCGAGACCGAUUGCGUUAAUCAGUACCCGAUCCAAAGACGGCACGUCGACCAACCUGGCGCCGUUUAGUUAUUCGCAAGUUAUCAACCACGAUCCUCCUCUCUUCGCUGUGGGCUUCGUCGGCUCCCUCGACCGGGCCAAGGACACUCUGAAGAACCUCGCCGAGACCGAAGAGUGCGUGAUCAACAUUAUCUCGGAGCACUUUGUCGAGGCUGCUAACGCGACCGCUGUCAAUGCGCCAUAUGGGGUCUCCGAAUGGGAAGUGUCGGGGUUACACCAAGCGCCGAGCUCGGUCGUUCAGGCUGCCCGCGUCAAGGAGUCGGUUCUGGCGAUCGAAGGAAAGCUCGUCGAAACGAAGGAGUUUGAGAAUCGACAGGGAAAGAAAACGGGAGUGUUGGCUAUCAUUGAGGGAGUGAGGUUCUGGGCACGGGAUGAUGCCAUUGAUGAGGAUAAGAGCGUCGUUGAUCUCAAGGUGCUGAAGCCGAUCAGUCGAUUGGGUGGGAUCCAGUAUGGGCGAACCACCGACGCGCUGGAGAUUCCGAGACCGCAAUUUUAG